GGGUACUAUCACCAUCAGGGGAGGAUGGCCUAGUAUAUAUAAGGUAGACUGCACCCGCUUAACCUCAACAGUUGCAUCUCUAUCAAUCGCAUUGAAAUGAAGCUUCUGAUUUGUACCCUUCUGUUUCUAUCAGCAGCCUUCGCUGAAGAAUCGGCUAAGAAAAAACGAGGCCUUCUUCUUGGAGGUGGUGACUUCGGUGGACACGGCAGACUUGGUGGUGGAGAUCUAGGAGGUCAUGGAUUAGACCUCGGAGGAGGUCAUGGCGGAUUUGGAGGUGGCCUCGGAGGUCAUGGAGGUGGACUUGGAGGAGGUUUCGGAGGAGGUCUUGGAGGAGGCUUGGGUGGAGGAGAGGAACGCAUUAGCCACAUCACUCUACACAAACAGAUCUCAGUACCAGUGCCCCAACCUUACCCAGUGCAUAUAGAGAAAAAAAUCCCAUACCCAGUGAGUGUUCCAGUACCAUACAAAGUUGACAAACCCUACGCUGUCCAUGUCCCCAAGCCGUAUCCAGUGCACAUUGAUAAGCCAUACCCCGUCAAGGUCUUCAAGAACGUACCGGUAUCAGUGAAGGUUCCUUACAAGGUACCAGUACCAGUUAAGGUGCCAGUACACAUUCCCAAGCCAUACCCAGUGCCAGUACACAAGCCAGUGCCAGUACAUGUCCCAGAUAUCCAGAUCGUGAAGAAGCCAGUGCCCGUUAUCAUCAAUACUGGCCAUGACAGCGGAUUCGGUGGGGGAAUUGGAGGCGGUCUUGGAGGUGAUUUCGGAGGGCAUGGUCUCGGAGGUAGCUUGGGUGGACAUGGUCUCGAAGGUUUGGGCCAUGGUGGAUUCAGUUCCGGAGGAUUCGGUGGCCAUGAGUUGUCUCUUGGCGGUGGUUACGGUCAUCAUUGAGCACCGUGUAGAAACUCAAUUUUGUAAAUAAUUUCAAUCUCCCAUGACCUUCUGUCACCAUCUGAUAGCCUCUUGAGUAUAGAAUAGCUCUACUGUGGGGGUAGAGAGUUUUUUAUAUUCGUGCAAAUCGGAAUAUCA